AUGGCUGAGUCUGAGAUCUCCCAAGUCGCCCGAGCCUGUCACGAUGGCCUUUCAAGCCUGGCCAAAGAGUCCAAUCACGUACAGGCAUCUUUGAAAGAUGGUCUGGAACAGAGGGAUGUACAAGAGCUCAUCCAGCGAUUCGAGCAAUGGGCAGGGAAUCUUGGCGUUUUCCAACAAUCGAGCUCCAAGCUAUCACUCGACUACCGUCUUCGCGAUAGUCCGAAAGUCAGGGCUCCGAUUUUGAAUAUGCUUGCGGACUUCAAGGAGUCCACCGACCUCG